AAUGUUUACAAUAACGACACGACCGGUUAACGCCGACGCAGGAGAGGUGGCUGGCUGUGCGGCCCCGAGGGUCAACAGGAGCACUCCCGGGCGCAAUCAGACAUGUCAGCGAGAGACGUGGCCAGCAGCAGCAGCAGCCAACCUCCCGGAAACCACGUGGGCCCCGCUCCCGCCCCCGCCACCAAUCUACGCGUUUGUCUUAACCCUUCCCCCCGCGCGUCGUCGGCCCGAGAGCACCAGACCACCACCUCUCGCCGCGACGCACCGGUCGAACACUUGCUCGGCGGCGGCCAAGAACUCGUGGGGAUUGGAGGUCGCGUGGCUGAUGGAUCCCAUCGCGGCGGCAGCGCACGGCGGAGGGCACCACUUCGCGCCGCCGGCGCCGUUCCACCCGUUCGGCCACUUCCCGGGCCAGCACCCGGCGUUCCAGCAUUUCCAGGAGCAGCAUCAGCAGCUGAUGGGCGGAGGAGGUGUGCCCGCGAAGCAUGAGCUCGUUGACGACAGCAACACCAUCAACAGCGCGGGGAGCAACGGCAGCGGCGAGGGCGGAGGCUCGGAGCAGCAUGUGGGGGCGGGGGCGCAGCAGCAGGCGGCGGGCGAGGAGCAGCCUCCGUUGGUGAUGCGUCGGCCAAGGGGCCGCCCGGCGGGGUCCAAGAACAAGCCAAAGCCGCCGGUGAUCAUCACGCGGGACAGCGCGAGCGCGCUGCGCGCGCACGUCCUGGAGGUCGCCGCGGGCUGCGACGUCGUCGACAGCGUGGCGGGGUUCGCUCGCAGGCGCCAGGUCGGCGUCUGCGUGCUCAGCGGCGCCGGCGCCGUCGCCAGCGUCUCCAUCCGGCAGCCCGGAGCAGGGCCCGGCGCCGUCGUCAACCUCGCCGGGCGCUUCGAGAUCCUCUCGCUCUGCGGAUCCUUCCUCCCGCCGCCUGCCCCUCAGUCCGCCACCGGUCUCACGGUCUACCUUUCCGGCGGCCAGGCCGAGAUCGUCGGCGGAACGGUCGCCGGCGCGCUCGUUGCCUCCGGGCCUGUCGUCAUCGUUGCCGCCUGCUUCGGCAACGCCGCGUACGAGCGCCUCCCUCUCGACGACGACGAGCCGCCGCAGGGCCUGGCCGGGCAGUCUUCCUCCUCUCCGCCGCCGCCGCUGCCAUUGGCCGCACAUCCUCUCCAGCAGCCGUCUCUCGCCGACCAGCUCCCUCACAACCUCAUGAACGGCCUCCAGCUUCCCGGCGACGCCUACGGGUGGGCCGGCCCCAGCGGCAGCGCCGGACGCGUGGCACCGUACUGAUCAAUGGGCAUGGAAGGGAGCAAACGAGCGCCAUCGCCAUGCAGCAUGGUAGAAUCGAUCGAAGCCAAGAGUUGAUUACUCUCUCUCCGCCGCUGCUAAUUACCCUCUUCUUGUACUGCUCCCUUAGUGGUGUAAUGGAUCAGCCUUGGUACUGUUAAUCCGCGGUUAAUUUACUGUCAUUUUUCACAUAAGCAAUUCAUGCAUUUGUAGGAGAGGAGAUUAGUAGUAGCAGCAGUAGAAGUAAUCAACAAGCUUUUAAUUUUAUAAUUAUUGAAUCUGUCUCUGUCAGUC